GUAAACACGGAGUACUACCAAACGGACUUAUGUCGUGCAUAUUUAAUAAAAUAUGAGGGUUUUGGCUGCAGUGUUAUCACUAUGUGCACUACUUCAUGUGAUCACAAGUGACGACUCUGCCUGUACCUGCCCUGAUCACCUAUAUCCAUGUGGUGGUCACUGUAUCUGCAUUCCUCUGCAGUGGGUCUGUGAUGGUGACGACGACUGCGAGGACCGCCAUGACGAACUCACCUGUGGUGUGCUGCCCACCUGCCCAGGUGAUGACAUAACCUGUGAUAAUGGGCGCUGUGUCAAGAGGGACUGGCUGUGUGAUUCCGACAAUGAUUGCGGAGAUGACAGUGACGAACUGGGAUGUCCUCCUCGCAAUUGCACGGAGGAUGAAAUGCAAUGCCGGAAUGGAAACUGCAUCCCUAAAGAAUGGAAGUGUGACGGUGAUGAUGAUUGCGGAGAUUCCUCUGAUGAAAAAUGUCGAAAACGUCCCUGUAAAGACGGGGAGUUUACUUGCGGUGAUGGAUCGUGUGUGAUGCAGAACUGGGUGUGUGACCAUGACAUCGACUGUGCUGAUUCCUCCGAUGAAAGCAACUGCGAGGAUGACGAGCUGCGGUGUCGAAAGGAUGAAUUCAAGUGUCACCGUGACGACAGCUGUAUCUUAAGAAUCUAUGUGUGUGAUGGAGAAGAUGACUGCGGAGACUGGGAAGAUGAAUUGCAGUGUGGAAAUAGUUUUUGUCGAGAGGGAGAGUUCAACUGUUCGAAUGGAGUGUGUAUCAACGCUAACUGGACAUGUGAUGGGGACUUUGACUGUGAGGAUCGAUCUGACGAGAUUAAUUGCUCAAAACCAAAGUGUGGAGCCAAUGAGUUCCAGUGUGGGACAGGCCACUGUAUUCGCCACAGCUGGCACUGUGAUGGGGAGCUCGACUGUUCAGACAACUCUGAUGAAGAUGGUUGCAAUCACAAAGAGUGCAGUGCGAAUCAGUUCCGGUGUAAGAACGGGAAGUGUAUCGGCCGACAGAAAGUCUGCAACGGCAACUUUGAGUGCACCGAUAAAUCAGAUGAGGAGAACUGCAACCUUCCUCCCACUUGCGGUUCUGACAAUGGCGGCUGUUCACAUCGGUGUGUGCAGACCAAGAUUGGAGCACGGUGCACGUGCAAAGUGGGCUAUCAGUUGAAGGAGGAUGGCAAAACCUGUGCAGACUUCGACGAGUGUCAGUUUGAUGGGACGUGCAGUCAGAUAUGUGAGAACACGGUUGGGUCGUACCGGUGUUCCUGUGUUACAGGCUACAAGCUCAAGCCAGAUGGCCGAGGAUGCAAGGCACUGGGUGGCGAGGCGUACCUGAUAUUUGCGAACCGCGUUGACAUCCGCCGCGUGACGACCGACCGGUCUGAGUACACGUCCAUCUUGCGAGGUCUGCAGAACGCGAUCGCACUCGACUUCCACCAUGAGAAACAGCUCGUGUUCUGGUCGGACAUCACGCUCGACAAAAUCAAGAGAGCUCACAUGGAUGGCAGCGAUGUGCAGGAAAUCGUAACCGAUGGUCUACAAAGCCCAGGUGGUCUGGCUGUGGACUGGGUGCAUGAUCUUCUGUUCUGGACUGACGCAGGAACAUCGAGGAUCGAAGUUUCUGACCUGCUCGGCAGACACAGAAAGGUUCUUAUCUGGGACAAGCUGGAGAAACCGAGGGCAAUUGCAGCACAUCCACAUCAUGGAGCCAUUUUCUGGACUGACUGGGGCAGUGUGCCCAAGAUAGAGCGUGCCAGCAUGGAUGGCACUUACCGUGUCAUCAUUGCCAACACAUCACUCUUCUGGCCCAACGGCUUGACCAUUGACUACGCAGCAGAGAAAGUGUACUGGGCCGAUGCUAAACAUCACGUCAUCGAGAGUUCCGAUCUCGAUGGAUUACACCGGAGAACGGUCAUCAGUGAGGGCCUGCCCCACCCAUUUGCUCUGACAAUGUUUGAGGAUGAGCUAUACUGGACUGACUGGCACACGAAGAGCAUCAACAAAGCGAACAAGUUCAGUGGCAAUGACAUUGAGACUGUGCGCAACCGCCUGCACUACCCCAUGGACAUCCACACAUUCCACCCACAGCGCCAGCCCCCGGGCGUCAAUCGGUGUCGUCAUAACAGCGGCUGCAGUCACCUGUGUCUGCCUAACAGCGUCAACUACUCGUGUGCCUGCCCCACUGGCCUCCAGCUCAACACGGACAAGACGAACUGUAGCAAAGACAUUGGGACCUUCCUGCUGUUUUCCACCCAGUCUGACAUUCGGCGUGUGACCCUGGGACUACAGCCGGAGAUAGCUGAUGUGGUGAUCCCACUGUCGGGAAUUUCCCGGGCGGUCGGCGUCGAGUGGGACAGUGACUCCGACUCGGUGUUCUGGACGGACGUCGGAUCAGAUGUUAUUGGAAAAGCAAAAUGGGACGGAUCGGGUGAAGAGAUUGUGAUUGGAACGAGCCUGGACAGUCCAGCAGGUCUGGCAUUAGACUGGGCAGGACGCAAGUUGUACUGGACAGACGCUGGAAACGACCGCAUUGAAGUGUCCAACCUGGACGGCAGUAUGCGAUCCGUCCUGCUGUGGGAAAACUUUGAUCACCCACGAGACAUUGUUGUUGAUCCACGAACAGGUUACAUGUACUGGACUGAUUGGGGCAAGAAGCCGAAGAUUGAGAAAGCUGGGAUGGAUGGGAGAGAUCGUGUCGUUCUGAUGAGGAAAAAUCUCACCUGGCCAAACGGUCUUGCCAUUGACUAUGAAAAGAACCGUCUGUACUGGACAGAUGCAGGGUCAAAGGUUAUUGAGUCAAGCACACUCGAAGGUCAUGACAGAAAGAGUAUUAUCCCCCUGAGUCUGCAGCACCCGUUCGGUCUGGCACUGUGGGGAGACAUCAUGUACUGGACAGACUGGCAGACGAAGAGUAUCCACUACGCCAACAAAUUCACUGGUCUGGAGCAGGGCAUUCUCCUCGCUGACAUGGGACACCUCAUGGACAUUCAUGUGUUUCAUCGGAGCAGAGAGUAUGUGCCGACUGUAUGCAGUAUGCACAAUGGUGGCUGUAGUCAUCUGUGUCUUGUGGCACCUCUGCCGCGAGGACAUUCAUGUGCGUGUCCCACCGGCCUGCUGAUGAAGGAAGAUGGCAGCACUUGUGAUGUUGAGAUGAAAAACUUUUUGAUAUUUACCCGUCGUUCCGACAUCCGAAAGAUCUCCAUGGCAGUGGACUAUUACGCUGAUGUGGUCAUCAACACAGGAAACAUGAAGAAUGCUAUUGCAGUGGAUGUCGACACUCACGAAGCAAAGAUGUACUGGACUGAUACAGUUCUAGAUCACAUUGCUCGAGCCAAUCUAGACGGCUCAGACUACGAGAUUGUCAUCUCUGAAGGCCUGCACACUGCCGAUGGGCUGGCUAUUGAUUCUGUUGGUCGGAAGAUCUACUGGACAGACGAUGGGCGGAACAGGAUUGAGGUGGCCACAUUGGAUGGAAAGAUGAGAAAAGUUUUGAUCUGGCAGAACCUAGACAAGCCGCGGGCUAUUGCCUUGCACUAUGAUGCAGGCUACAUGUACUGGACAGACUGGGGCAUGUUUCCAGCCAUCGAGCGAGCUGAUCUAAAUGGAGAGAACAGAAAAGUGAUUAUCUCGGAACACCUUGUCUGGCCAAAUGGACUCGCCAUCGACAGACCGACCUCGAGAAUCAUCUGGGCUGAUGCCAAGACAGAGUUAAUUGAAUGUGCAGAUCUCCAUGGCAACUAUCGUCGAACUCUUGUCGGCCAUGUUGCCCACCCCUAUGGUUUGACAGUGGUAGGGAAUUAUAUUUACUGGACAGACUGGCAGGCGAUGGCAAUACACCGAGCCAAUAAAAACACAGGAUCAGAAAUUAAAGUCAUUCAAGAGAAUCUACCUGGCAUAAUGGACGUACACGCUGUACAAAUAGAUACAGAUGCCCCUUGGAAUGUGACAACUGUGAACCGUUGCGGCAAUAACAAUGGUGGGUGCAGUCACCUCUGUCUGUCCCACCCCCAGGGAACAUCCUGUGCAUGUCCCUCGGGCAUUACAAUGAAACCAGAUGGGAAGACUUGCAAAGAAAUGCCAGACGCCUAUCUUCUGUUUGCCAGCCGUGGCAGCAUCAGGAGGAUUUCCAUGGAUACGAAAGACUACACCGACGUUUAUCUCCCCUUGCCUGAGUUGCACAAUGUAAUCGCUGUAGACUAUGAUUUGAAAAACAACAAAGUCUACUACACUGAUGUCUAUCUAGAUGUCAUCAGGCGUGCCAGUCUGAAUGGUAGCAACAUGGAAACUCUGAUUGAGAAAGAGUUAUCUACCACUGACGGUCUGGCAGUUGAUUGGAUUGCCGGCAAUCUGUACUGGACAGACACAGGUCGAGAUGUGAUUGAGGUGGCUCGACUUGAUGGAAGUUGUAGAAAAACUCUGGUGCAAAAGAACCUCGAUGAGCCAAGAGCUAUAGCGCUUUUCCCAAGGAAAGGAUUGAUGUUUUGGACUGACUGGGGGUUGCAUCCAAAGAUAGAGCGAGCAUACCUUGAUGGAACAACCCGUAAACUUGUUAUCGCAAAUAACUUAGGUUUUCCUAAUGGUCUUUCUAUUGACUAUGAUGCCCGCCGCUUAUACUGGGUGGAUGCAAAACUCGAUAAAAUUGAGACGUCAGACUUGAAUGGGAAAAAUAGAGUCACCUUGAUACAACAGGUGCCACACCCAUUUGGCUUGACAGUGUUUGGUGACCACAUCUACUGGUCAGACUGGCAGACCGAGAAGAUCGAGCGUGCGAGUAAACACACGGGGGAGGAUCGUCAGAUCAUACAGACGCGGCUCGAGGGUCUCAUGGACAUCCACAUGGUGUCACCUCUCAGACAGACAGGCUCCAAUGGGUGCAGUAAAAACAACGGUGCCUGCACUCAUCUGUGUCUUGCCAGGUCGAACAAUUACGUGUGUGCAUGCCCCAACAUUCCAGAGGGUGGCCCCUGCCUAACGGUGCCUGUUGCUACAGAUCUGAAUCAUUAUGAUACUUCUGACAUUGCCAAUAUUGACAUUAACUCCAAACCAGGCAAAACACUUAAAUGUACCCUGUCUGAAGAAGCUGCUGGGCACUGUAAUAAUGGUGGACUGAACACUCACAAUGACAGUAAGCAUGGAGAAGGAGUUUAUAUUGCAGUAGCUGUCGUGGCGGCCAUCGCUCUUGUGAUUUUCCUCAUCAUUUUUAUUUUAUGGAAAAGGCAAAGACGACGACAAUACAAUGUUGAAGAGCUUACCACCCUUACAUACGCUAAUCCAACUUACCAGAAAGCCAGCACAGAAACCAUCAACUCUGACAUACGCAACCAACGGGGUUGGCAGAUUUUUCGAUAUGUUAAAAAAGAUGAUCGUGUGACGAGUUUGCCACCAGAAGAGGAGAAGCUGAACAACCUGGAAACGGCCGCCCUGGUUCAGCAGCUCGCGACCGGCUCGGCCAGCCGCGACGACGACAGACUCGAACACAAACAUAUCACAAAAAACAUCUUCAAAAACAAAGUGCGCUACACCUCAGAGACUGCGAACCAUAAUAUUCCUUACACUCCUGUCGACACGUGACCGUGUGUGCGCACAUGUGUGUGUCGGAGACAGGGGGUUUUCAUUCUGUGAUAUCAAUGGUGCAGUACUACAGUGCUAAGCUACACGUCGGUUGUUGUUUUCUUGGAGCGACUCCUUUUUCAGGUUGAGAAAUGUUCGUGCAAGCAAAAUGUUAUGGAACACAGGACGUCUUGAGUUUUGUGUCGACGUACAACUGUUGUUUUGUUAGAGCUGUUAACUGUACAUUUGCUGCGUAGUUUCUCAUUCAUUGACUGGCCUGAUUCUCAAGUGAAUAUUGGUGUGUAUUAAUGUUAGUACUUGAAUUUUCGACAUUCUGUGAACCAGAGUUGGGGUACAGUAUACUACAGACUGUGAUGUAUUCUGCAGAUGCAUGGUCUACGAAAUGCAAAGCUUUAUGAACCUAUUACUGCAAUGGUUUUCCAUUUGUUCUACAUGAACUGUGAUGUUUUGUACAGACCUACUUCAAAGAGUGAAGCUUUAUGAAGCAAACGCUGCAUCUUUGUUGUGUGCACAUUUCGCCAGUUAUUUGUGUGAACUAUGAUUUUUUGUACUGAUGAACUACAAAGUGUGAACAUUUAUGGACCUAAAAACUUAUCUUUUGUUUGUGCAUGCGUGCGUAUGUGCGUGCAUGCGUGGGUGUGGGUGUGUGUGUGUGUGUGCAUUUGUGUACCCAUUUGUCUAAGCUAAUGUUUUUGUAUGCACGUUUACAAAGACAUGUUUUGAACCAAGUUUUAAAGCAGUGGGUUAUGUUCCAAUCAGUGGAAAUGGAUGCCACAUGAACAUAAAUUAUUAUGGAACCGUUGUUUACAGGAAGACUGCAGCUGCGAUUAUUCAAAAAUGUUUACCACAGUAAAACAUACUUCAUCCUCUGUGGCAGUGUUUUGCAAGGUUGGAAAUGUAAUGUGAGUUUUUUGUGGUCCUGUUUGACACCAUUUUCAGCAUUACAAAUGUUACCUCAGUAUGAUUUUCUAUGUCCAUAACACUGACAGAGUAUGUUUGGUAUAAUAAUCACGGUAUACAUUUCAAGAAAAACAUACAAGACUGGGGUUGGUAGGGCAGCCACCUCUCCAGAAUUAUCAAAUUCUGUACAUUUCAGAUUUUUUUUUUUUUUUUUUUUUUUACAUAGGCACCAGCGUUGAUAAACCCUGUGUGCCAAUGCUUUCAAGUUUGAAUGUUUAUAAUAUUAAUUUCUAGUCAAAAACUACUGUUUUGUUUUCCCCAAAACAAAUUGAAAAAUAGUGCUAUGAACACACACACAGUCACAGGUCUGUACUUCUCUGCAGCUUUACUGUAAUCUUGGUUUCAGGUGAACUUUAGUUUAGACACUUGUUUCGCUGAUGGCUUUGCCCAUUGUUUGUACCUGCUGGGGAUAUUGUCACAUCGAGAAAUGUUUUUUUUCCCCAUGUAAUCAUUUGGAAGUAUGGUUAAAACAUUAUUCUGUAAUGUUCAUAUGCUAUGAGAAUGGAAUAGUUGAUUGAGGAGUUAAAUAUACAAUAUGAGAGCAUAAUAAUGAUUUACUAGACACGAAUAUAUCAUUAUAGAUUUAGAAUUUUUUGUAAUAGUAAAAUAGUUUAUUGAGUGAAUUCAAUGAUUCAUAGGUGUCAGAAGAUGGCAGCAACUUGGGGGGGGGGGGGGGACACUUAUUAAAUGCAAGAUCAUAUUGUGGCCCCCCCAGUUUCAGAGUUGGGGGGUGGGGGUGGGGGCAAUGCACACACACACACACACACACCAUUUCCGACGCCUAUUUAACAUUGAAGGAGUUGAAUGGUAUGCUGAGAGAAUGAAAUGAUGAUUCAGUUAACAAAUAGAGUGAAACCCUUCAUAACCGGACCCUCGGUAAACUGGAAUUAACAUGUUUUUCAUUGUCCAUUUUUAAACAUCAGUACCAAAUAGAACCUCUCUAAACUGGAUAUCUCUAACACCAAAGCAUUUACUUGGUCCCAUGGGUGUCCAGUUUAGAGGGGUUUUACUGUCAUAUAUUUAGAUUGUAUAUGGCAUUAACCAAGAAUGUACAAAUAUACUGACUAACAAGAGUUAUUGAAGGAAUGGAUAUAUUGAAGGAAUGGAUAUAAUGAAGGAAUGGAUAUAUUGUAGGAAUGGAUAUAAUGAAGGAAUGGAUAUAGUGAAGGAAUUAAAUGGUUAUAGUUGGAAUAAACAUAUAUUGUGGAAGUAAAGUAAUGUGAAAUCUUAUUUUUGUGGGCUUUAACUUUCAUGGUUUUGCUAAAUAUAACUGAUUUCAAGUAGUAUGAUAAAUUCAUAUUAAAUGUACACAUGUAUUAUAUUUUCAUUGUUCUUAAAUUAAUUGACUGCACUAGUCCACAAAUUACAUGAAAAUUAGACCACCAUGGAUAAAAGUGAUUUCACAGUAACAUAUCAAGAAAAUUAUAUAUCAUGUAAAAGAGAUGAAAUAAUAUCUGGUAUGUCUUGUAUGAAUGCAUGGUUUUUGAAUGAGUGUUUUGCAUGAUGUUUUUUCUCUCAAAGAAUUGCCAGUGUUAUUCUGCAUAACCAGUUUUAUUAUUUAUGUACAGGCCAAACCUUGCCACAACGUCUAUUUAUUGCUCUGAAAACUGCCUGCCUAUGAUGUAUUAUGUAUUAUCCUUAGAUCUUUUAUGAUCAUCUCUAAUAGUAUGGGCAUACACCUGUAGGCAGUGUACUCCUUUAAGUAUACUUUUUGUGACACAGACCUUGAAGCAUGAAGUACCUUUCUUUUCCCCUCUGGAAUAUGUCUGUCCUGUGACAAGCCCCUAGUUAUCCAGAGACAGGAUCCCGGACGGACAUGCUCAAAACUCUAGUGGUAUAUGAGCAUGUAAAAAUUAUUCGCACUCUGGAAUAUGUAAAAAUAAAUUAUGUUUUGACAACAUAGAAAAUUGCUUCUCAUCAAACUUAAUUUGUUUAAUUUAAUGGGGUGGGGAGAGAAGUCUUGGUCACUUUAAUGAUGAAAUCUAGUUACACCCCUGACUGAUAGAAGUGUUAAUUGAUUUUCCAGGUGUUGUAUUCAGUUGACUUGUUUUAGUGAAAUUUUAAAUUCUGGUCAUAUGUACAGAUUAAAGUCAAACUAUGUGCCUGUGUCAGACGUGCUUUAUGACAGUAUAGACUGAACAAGCACACUAAAACAGACCUUGCAGUGAAAACAAACUGAUAUGAGUGAUUAAUUACUCCUGUACUUAGAUUAUGGAGAUCACCUCCUGUCCCGAGUCAGGCCCCUGAUCAUAUCAGAGACUUUACUCGUGAGAGGCUUGUUCAAAACCCCAGUGAUACACGAGCACGUAAAACUAGUUGCCCAUUGCCCAUAUGGGGAUACAUUUAAGAUAUUACCAUAUUGAUAUCAUAUAAAUUUACAUUUUACGGUGAACUAAAAAAUUUCUCCUUGCACUAGCCUGAGGGGAGUGAUGGGGAGUCAGAGUGAUAGCUCCCCUUACAUGGCAAAGUCUGAUUAAAAUAAAUUGAUUUGAGGAGAAACAGAUUUGAACUGAUUAGAAAGAAACAUAUCAAAAUGCCUUUUUAAAAAUGGUUGCAAGAGGAUUGGAUUCUGUUGUCAGUUACUUUUGUUCAUUCUGUUUCACAGUGGCAGGAUGCCUAUUCAAAUACAGUGGUGUAAUGCUCGUCUCAGACUACCAACUGCCAGCAGAAAGUUGGCCAACUUUCUGUUGUCACAACUUCUACGACUGUCUAGUUGCUAGUCUGAGCACUCAGUUCUAGUUGUAUAACACAUUAGUUAUUAAUCUGAGUGCAUCCGUCUUAAGGCAGGAGUUGGGGGAAUUACAGCACAACCGUCAAGUUGGCCAACUUCAUUGUGACAGUUAACAGUCGGAGCCUAGCAUUAAUAUGAUUAAGCUCCUUCCUAAACUGUGUAAUCAGUAAAACAUAGCUGGCAUGGAAAUAACAGCAGCUGAUGAGGUUUUGCAUAAUCUCUGCUUGAAUACAUAAUACAGCUUUUGUUCUAGAUAUUGUUAUGAAUCUAUACUAGGAUACAGUAAAAAAAAAAUAUAUAUAUACACUGACCAUAAAAGAAACAUACAAAAAUUAAAGAAUACAAAAUUGACAAAUACAGAUGUCAGCAAAUAUUUUUAAGUGAAACAUUUCAUAACUAUUUUUAAUAGGGCAAUGUUAUUUACUUUAUAUUUUUAUUAAAUUCAGAGUCAUGUGCUGAAUUUUAAUGUAUAUGAACUCUUGUGCCCACCGACUGUCAGUCACAAAUGGCAUCUCCAGUACAGCGAGUUUAUUAAUAAGUUUAUAAAGUAUCCAGGAAUGUGGCUGCACACCUACAUGUACAUGUACUUGAUACUUGCACACAUUUGUGCAGCUGUACAUGUGUAGUAUGUACUUGAUACUUGCACACAUUUGUGCAGCUGUACAUGUGUAGUUCUUCCAAAGUAACUGUCGUUGGUUGCAUCUGAAUUUCAUCCCAGAGAAAGUAAAUGUGAUUCGGGUCGGGGCCUCAUUCCAGGAAGCAAUCUUAGCACUAAGAUUACCUUAAGUGCAUACAUACCUAUCUAAUGCACUUACGGUGAUCUUAGCACUAAGAUCACUUUGUGGAAGUGGGACCUGGGGCCUUAUUCACAAAGGUCUCUUAGGUUCUGCUAGACAACAAAGCAUCCUCUUUGCAAGUCUUUUAGCAUUGCACUGCGAGAUCGCAAAGUUGCGAGAGUUUAGUGAAUUAGGCCCCUGGUCUGCAAGCUGAAUGUUUGGAUCAAAUUCAAAGAUAUGUUAUUUUAUUGGGGAAAGUCAUGUAUUGCUGUCACAGAAUGUGUAUGCACAUUGCCUUGCACAUUUUAAAGCAAAAUAAUUCACGUUUCUUUUGCUGUUCAGUAUACUUGUAAAGGUAUUAAAAUGUGUCAUCUCAAACUGAACACAGCAGACCAUCAUUAGUAAGAAAUUAGAUGAUUGGUUAAUAUUGAAGCAUGUUAAAGGAACAGACCCUAGUUUUUCAACACUACAGCAUAUUUUUCACUACUGGAGCCAUUUAUGAUCACUGAAAUCAAACAUUACUUAUAUUUUAUUCUUUAGAUUAUUCAUUUCCGUAAAACCGAAGUGUUUCUGGUCAUCCUGGUGUUUCUAAUACCCAAAAAUUCAUUUUUCAUAUUUUUAAAAACACACGUGCAUCUGAGAAAUAGCGAUUUAUUGAUUUGAGUUGUAGUCUAUGUUUAAGGAUAUUUCCUGUUUUAACGUCACAGACUCUUCUUUCACUCUGUUGUAACAUGAUCCAAAUGAGUUAAGGUUUGUGGAUCAACUAAACUUAGUGUCCAUUUUUACUGGUUAAAACUAGGGUCUUGCGCCUUUAAGGGCCUCCAUGUACAAUGAAAUGUUUUAGCAUUUACCAUUUCGUAUUCUGCACUUUGUAGUCUGAACAAAACAGUGGCAUGCUACAUUCAGCCGCUAUCCAUGUGCUCCAUGAAUUAUGAUACCAAAUGUUCCUGCACAAAACAGUGGCAUGCUACAUUCAGCCGCUAUCCAUGUGCUCCAUGAAUUAUGAUACCAAAUGUUCCUGAACAAAACGGUGGCAUGCUACAUUCAGCCGCUAUCCAUGUGCUCCAUGAAUUAUGAUACCAAAUGUUCCUGAACAAAACGGUGGCAUGCUACAUUCAGCCGCUAUCCAUGUGCUCCAUGAAUUAUGAUACCAAAUGUUCCUGAACAAAAUGGUGGCAUGCUACAUUCAGCCGCUAUCCAUGUGCUCCAUGAAUUAUGAUACCAAAUGUUCCUGAACAAAACGGUGGCAUGCUACAUUCAGCCGCUAUCCAUGUGCUCCAUGAAUUAUGAUACCAAAUGUUCCUGAACAAAACGGUGGCAUGCUACAUUCAGCCGCUAUCCAUGUGCUCCAUGAAUUAUGAUACCAAAUGUUCCUGAACAAAACGGUGGCAUGCUACAUUCAGCCGCUAUCCAUGUGCUCCAUGAAUUAUGAUACCAAAUGUUCCUGAACAAAAUGGUGGCAUGCUACAUUCAGCCGCUAUCCAUGUGCUCCAUGAAUUAUGAUACCAAAUGUUCCUGAACAAAACGGUGGCAUGCUACAUUCAGCCGCUAUCCAUGUGCUCCAUGAAUUAUGAUACCAAAUGUUCCUGAACAAAACGGUGGCAUGCUACAUUCAGCCGCUAUCCAUGUGCUCCAUGAAUUAUGAUACCAAAUGUUCCUGAACAAAACGGUGGCAUGCUACAUUCAGCCGCUAUCCAUGUGCUCCAUGAAUUAUGAUACCAAAUGUUCCUGAACAAAAUGGUGGCAUGCUACAUUCAGCCGCUAUCCAUGUGCUCCAUGAAUUAUGAUACCAAAUGUUCCUGAACAAAACGGUGGCAUGCUACAUUCAGCCGCUAUCCAUGUGCUCCAUGAAUUAUGAUACCAAAUGUUCCUGAACAAAACGGUGGCAUGCUACAUUCAGCCGCUAUCCAUGUGCUCCAUGAAUUAUGAUACCAAAUGUUCCUGAACAAAACGGUGGCAUGCUACAUUCAGCCGCUAUCCAUGUGCUCCAUGAAUUAUGAUA